AUGGUUAAGGGAAAAAUCGCGAAAGCAACGGAAUGGAAACAGGCGGAAAUGACAGCGGAUAACUUUGAUGAUGAGCUUUUCGGAUUCUUGGGAUCAUUUGAGGAAGUUCUUCCCGAAGGAGCUGAAUCCUAUACGGAAGGGACCGGUGAGAAACGAGCGGCGAAGAAGAAAAAAACGAAGGCCGGUAAGAAGACGUUGAAAAAUGAUGAAGAAGUAGAAGACGAUGGGAAGGAGAAUAAAACAAGUUCGAAGGAGGAGGCGAUUUUGGCGAAAAAACUGCGAAGGCGCAAAAUUAUGAAUUUGAAUCGGAAGAAGAGAAAAGAGAGAUUGGCGAAAAAGCUGAAGAAAGCUCAAGAAGCCGAACAAUCGGAAAAUGUGACGGACGGCAAUAAAGAGGAAAACGAAAAUAAAGCUGCGAAGAAGAGGAAAUCGAAAGAAAAUUCGGCGAAAAUCGAGAAUAAGAAGGCAAAAAUUGUACCGGAAACGAUGAAAAAGAAAAAUAUUGAUUUGGGCGCGUGGCAGCAGUUUUUCUUGCCUCAAGAAAUUCUCGAAGCGAUUUCGGAUCUUGGAUUCGCGGAACCUACGGAGAUUCAAUCCGCUGUUCUUCCACCAGCUGUUCGCGAUCGACUUGACAUUCUGGGAGCGGCGGAGACCGGAAGCGGAAAGACGUUGGCGUUUGGAAUUCCAGUUGUUUGUCGGCUUUUGGAGCGAUUGCAAUCUGAGGAAGCUGAAAAUGAAGGCAGUUCGAAAGGACCUCAAGCGAUCAUCGUUGCCCCAACUCGCGAGCUUGUCAUUCAAAUUAUGAAGCAUAUCACAGCGCUUAUCAAGCACACAAAACUAAAAGCGGUUAGCAUUGUUGGAGGACUUGCUCAGGUCAAACAGGAUCGUAUUAUCACCGAUCAGUGCCCGAAUAUCGUUGUUGCUACCCCUGGAAGAUUGUGGGCAAUGAUGGAGGAGGCCGAACCCUCAUCAUACUUUGGCAAUCUCGCUAAUCUUUUGUGUCUCGUUGUCGACGAGACGGAUCGGAUGGUUGAGGAAGGAUACUUUGAGGAUCUUACCCAUAUUCUUGAUAAAAUCCAUUCGGAAGCCAAUAGGGAGAAGCUGCAGAGUCUUGUGUUCUCGGCGACAUUGACAUUCGCAAGAGUGCAAAAAGAUGAGCAAGACGCGAGAAAGAAGAAUCGCGAAUUGACGUCGCAGCAGAAGAUCCAACGACUCAUCAAAUUAACGGGAUUGAGGGAGAACAAGCACAAGGUUGUCGAUUUGACGCGGCAGAUGGGAACCGCUGGAUCGCUUGUGGAAGCGAGAAUCAAUUGUGUCGAUCUUCUGGAGAAGGAUACUGCUCUUGCUUAUUUGCUCACAAGAUACCCGGGACGCACCAUUGUGUUUGUGAACUCGAUCGACGCUUCCCGACGGUUGUACGGCAUCUUGCAGGGAAUCGGAAUGUCGCCGAUGAUCCUUCAUGCGAAAAUGAUUCAGAAGCAGCGGCUGAAGAAUUUGGAGAAGUUCACAGAAUCGAAGCAAGCGGUUCUGUUGGCGACUGAUGUUGCUGCAAGAGGAUUGGAUAUCAAGGGAAUCGAUCAUGUCAUUCAUUAUCAGGUGCCCAAAAAAGCGGAGACGUACAUUCACCGAUCUGGACGUACUGCUCGUGCGCAGACCAAGGGAUUGACCGUACUACUUGUUGAUGCUCAAAGUCGGCAAUUUUAUUCGCGAUUGUGCAAAGGGCUCAAUAGGAUGCAAGAUCUCGAUGUGUUCCCGAUUGAUUUUCAGCCGCUGAUGGCUGCGUUGAAACGGCGUGUCAAACUUGCGUCGGAAAUUGACACGAUGAAUUUUCGAUGUAAAAAAAUAAAAAUGUCGGAAUCUUGGUUCGAAAAGGCUGCGCGUGCUGCUGAACUCGACUAUGAUUGGGCGAGGAAUCGCGAAAUGGACGGGCAGAAUGAGGAAGUCGAUCGUAUGUUGAACCAGGUGCACAAAUUGCAGAAUGAGCUGAGAGACGAGCUCCGAAUUCCGUUGCCCAAUCCGGAUGGCUCCGACACUUUUAAGACCAAAUACAUUACACCGGAAAUCAUUUCGAAGAUGAAAACGAUUGAGAACGAUGCGAUUGGUGUGCUCAAUGAUAAGAUGAAGGAAGCGAAAGAAUGGAAGAAGAAGAAUCGGCAAGCGGCGAAGCAGAAAGAGAAGACGUCGAUCAAACGGGUUUUGAAGAACAAAUUGAAAAGCAAAACGCGACUUGAAGAGAAAAAGAAGGAGAUUCGGCGGAAAGUGCUCGAAACGAAUGAAUCGAAUGAAUAG